UUAUUUUGUUUGUAAAGGAGAAUCAAUUAUGUUGUUUACAAAAAAGUCUUCAUUUUAAUGAUCUAUAGGGAAAGCAAUGAAAGGUCAGUCCCAAAAGGUUCAACAGGCUGUGCUAACGAAAUUUCGGUCUGGCACCUAUAAUGUCAUUGUUGCCACAUCAAUUGGUGAAGAAGGUCUUGACAUCAUGGAAGUUGAUCUUGUCAUAUCUUUUGAUGCUAAUAUUUCACCACUUAGAAUGAUUCAGCGAAUGGGGAGAACCGGAAGAAAGCAUGAUGGACGAGUUGUAGUUUUUGCUUGUGAAGGGACAGAGUUGAAGGGCUACUUGCAAAAACAGGCAAAGAGCAAAACUAUAACUAAACACAUGCGCAAUGGGGGCAUAAAUAGUUUUUCCUUUCAUCCUAGUCCAAGGAUGAUUCCUCAUGUCUUCAAACCGGAAGUUCAAUAUGUUGAACUGUCUAUUGAGAAAUUUAUUCCCCGUCAAAAGAAUGUGAAGGAUGACGAGCUCCACAUUUCUCCAUCGAAGAACAAACUUAAUGUGGCUGAAAUUGAUUUACUUGAAACGUAUUUUCACUCUACUAGGGAAAAGAAUAGUAGAAUCUCCCUUAUUUCCUUUCCCCACUUUCAGACCUUUCCUUCUAGAGUGCAUAAAGUUAAACAUUCAUCUGGAACAUUGAUGUUUAUAGACAUGAUGCAGCGUAUGCAAGGACUAGCAUCAUUUCCAAAAGAUGACGAAACUUCUUCACUUCAGGAAGAUCUGUGCUUGGGACAUAGGAAGCCAGUCACCCCUACCAAACUUGAUAAAGACAAUGAAUCAUGCUCUAUGCAUGCAUUGAGAACGAGUGUAAACUCGGUUAAUUGUCUGGACCUUGAUUCGUAUCAUUUGGGCAUUCAAAGCAAAGACUUCCUUGAUCUAACUUGGCGAGAAGAAACAUGUCAGGAUGAUGAGGGAAUUCACGAGACUCCAAUUUAUAAGAGAAGAGUGUCAAAUGAAGCAUAUAAUGCUGGUCAAAUGGAAAAUCUUAUGGAGAUUGAGACUUCUUCGUUGGUUGCAGAUGCAUGCAUUAAUGACAUGAAAGAUGAAGAACUUAGUCCACGUUUAACGAAUUUCAUUAAAAGUGGUGUAGUUCCUGAGUCUCCCAUUGAUGAAAGAGGGAAAUCAGGAUACCAUUCUGCUAUACGUGACUGUAUUUUACCUGUCAGUGUUCACAAAGAACAGAAUGUUAGUUCUUUAAGCUCAGGGGAAACUAAAAUGGUCGACAAUGAGAAGGGCACUGAUAAGAAUGUCAGUACUUCCUCUUUCAAUGAAACUCAAAGCCCUUUACUUGACCUGAAGAAUUGUACAAUUAGAAGAGGACGAGUCUUUCUUUCCCAAACUGAGGAAGGCCAUGUACAUAACUCUGACCUAAGCCUUGGUGAAGAAGCACUUCCAGCAGAUUGUGGUGAAAUGUCUGAAAGCAUUAAACCUUCACGCAAAUUUAAAAGGUUGCGAAAAGCUGAAGAUACUGAAAGCAAUAGGAAUCAGAAAAAUAUUAAAUUUUUUUAUUCAACAGUGCACUUUCUGAAGUCAUCCCGUGCCUCCAAUCCCGCACAAUAUGAGCAUGGACGAGGUAAAAGGAAAUCAGCAUACAAUGUGAGAGACUUCAUUGAGGAGGAAGCGGAGGUAUCUUCAGAUGCCUAUGUAUCUAAUGAUGAAGAUGGUGAGGAUGACAAUUCAUUUGACAGUUUCAUAGAUGACAGGACCAACCCUACAGCAGCCAGUCAGCCUCAAGCUAGUAGAAUGGACAUGAUGACAAUUUACAGGCGUUCUUUGCUCAGUCAAGCACCGAGUAAUGGACCGCUUGAUUUUUCUGCCACCUUCACUCCCGACUGUGUGACUGUGGCAGCCAGUACUAGUGAAUGUGGGGAUUCUUCAGGGAAGUCAUUCAAUCAUUUACAUACAGAGCCAACCAAAGAGUCAGCAAAUCGGACUUCAGAAUCCGUCACCAUCGACCAGUUAACCUCAGAAGCAGUGUUUUCAAGUUGUUGUCCUAAGGGAAAUGGGACAGAGAUAAAAAGUCACAAACGAAGAUUGUCGUUUUACCACUCUGAACACUUCCCGACUAUGAACCUUGAACAAGAAUUUGCUCUUCAAUCAAAGAAAGAAGUGGGGGAUGUGGAUGCAAUUACAAAUGUUUUGUGUGAUGAUCAGUUUUAUAAUGAUCUCGAUCUUGACGAGUUGGAGGCUAAAGCAACUUUGCUUCUAAAACGGAAAUUAGAUUUGUCCAUUCAGAAGCAAGAUAAAGUCUCUCAAUCUCACUUACCCAACCUUGAUAUUUUUGGGUCUCCUUCAUUUGAUCUUGGGAUAUGAAAAGCAUGACAUAACUCAUGCAGCAUGAUAUUUGCAUUUGGAAAUUAAUUAAUCAACGUGGUGUAAGCCAAAUACAAGUCUUUUAGACUACAUAUUUAUACAGUGGUAUUUUAUUGUAUAGUUAAACAUUGUUUGGAAGAGACUACGGUUAUAGCUUCGUCUAACAAACACUUGGUUCGAAG